CAAUCAUUGAAGGAACACGCAGAUGACGGAAGCACAAAAAAUCACUCCAAUGCUCAAGAUUUUCAUUGGAGGAGCCUGGAAAUUGGUUUCAAUGCAGAACACCCUGAAAUCCGACUCUUUUGCCCUCUGUGGCAUGCAGAGUGGAUGAGAAUUGAGAUGGUGAGUCAUGAGGCAUCCACAACCAAGAAAUGGAGAGAAUUUACACAAGUCAAAAGGGUGAUUUUACAUUACAUGGUUAGUUUUGGUUCCUCUUUUCAUAUAAGGUGAAAGUUAUGAUUCAUCGACUCGUUGACAGAUAAUUAUAAUUUCGUCCCUGUAAUAGCUAAUAUGCCCUAGAGUGUAUUACAAAGGUGAUGUAUACCAUAUUAUGAAAAAUGAGGUUAAUAAUGCUUAUUUCAAUAAUUGCGAGAUUCAAUUUGUUAUUCAAUAUAUAUAAAUAUAGGGUGACAAAAUGUUAUUUUCCUUUUUAUUUGAUUUUAUAAUAUGUUAGUAUGUAUGAAUGUAGUCAAGAAUGCAUAAAAAAAAAGUAUAUAUGUGAACUAUCCUAUGUGGUUUGUCUAUUAUUACAUAGAAGUAGGGUUUACCGAGUGUACAUUUUUUAGUCUGUGAUUAUGUGUUUUUGUUUUUCUCGUAACCCCAAAAAAAUGACCUUGUGAAGUAAACUAUGGAGGAAUCCAAGCAUGUUAACCAGUGGUGGAAGGAAAUUCAAUGGCCAAAAUAUUCUCCACUAUCCUACAUUGCCAUUUGCUCAUAUAGACUACUCAUGAACUGCUUUCAAUUCCUUUGCACAUAUAUAUUUAUAUACACUCAUACAAGAUUUAAUAAUCUUCUGGAUUUGAUUCUUUCAUUCCAAACCCACCCUAAUAGUUACUAUAUAUAUAAUCUCUGACCUGCUGCCUCCUCCAUUAACAUUACCAUACAACAACAAAAUUUUCAGCAAAAAUGAGCGUGGAGCUGCCACAGUUGGGAGUCCUAGGACUCCCGACCCUCCAAAAGUGGUCAGAAAUUGAAGGUUUUGGGUCGGGACAGAGCCUCCCGACCACUUUAAGCAUGCAGCUGCAACACAAGCUUCAUGUAGCUAUGGGGUCGAUCAAAGACCACGCCUCCGUGGGAAUGGCGUUGAUAUACAACCGCCAUGCCUUCCUCCGCGACAUAGAGGUGGCGGUGGUCCGCGCCACCAGCCACGGCGGGGCUACUGCGGUGGAUGACAAGUACGUCCACCAGAUCCUUUUCUUGGUGUCUAAUGAUCCCAAGUGCGCGUUGUUUCUUGCCGAUCGCCUCACUUGUCGCCUCAGUAAAACCCGGGAGCUCUUGGUGGCGCUCAAGACUCUGGUUCUCGUCCACCGCCUCCUCCGCGCUGGCAACGGGUGGUUCGAGAAGCGCCUCCGGAGCGCCCACGGCUCCGGCCACCUCCAAAUCCAUCUCGGUACAACGCAUCAUUUCCUCAACAACAACCCUAGCUGUCUCGUGAUCUCCGAUUUCCUGCAAAAGUACGCCGCAUACGUCGAGAAAAGAAUGGAAUGGGGCAUAAACCAGGCCGGAAAACUCGAGCCGGCGGUCUCCGCCGGCGCUCCGACGCCGCGAAUCGUGGAUUAUCCCGACGCGGUUCUGCACAAGAUAACGAAAGGCCAGGAGCUUCUAGACAACAUCAUUCUUCUAGAUCAUUCCUCAGCGAUGUCCAUCAUCGCCGCCGAUGAUCAAAGCCGCCAUGCUUUGCUCCUCGCGGCUCUGAGCAACACGCUGAGAGAAAGCUUCGAAGUUUACCGGACAGUAUGGGAAGGCAUAACGUUCAUCGUCAGCGAGUUUUUCGAACUGACAAGCCGCGCCAGAGCCGCCGCGAUUGAAAUCCUCAGGAAAGCUUCGGAGCAAAACUCGCAGAUCUCGCGGUUUUACGGCGACUGCAAACGGAUCAUUGACGGCAAGAGCUUGGAUUUCCCUUGCGUGCACGUUAUAACGAUGGACCAUAUCGCAGCGCUGGAACAGCUCCGCUUCGAUUCGGCCAAGCUGAUGAGACAUGCGACGGCGACGGCGGCGAGUCGCAGGAAAGAGAUGGACAACGCCAGUAGCGCCGGCGGUUUUGGUUCUCUGUCAUCUGCUCCGUUUUCUCUCACUAAAGAGACGAAAGUAAGCAAAGUGUGGGUGGUUUUUGACGACCAAGAAGAGCCUGAACAUCAAUCUCCAUAGCAUAUAUAUAUGCAUGUAUACAUAUAUACUGCAUUUUUUUUUCCUCUUAUGGGUUGAAUGUUUGAUCAGAUUGUGGGCUUGUUCUUAUUGGUAUAUAGUUUGAUUGUAAUCUCUGAUUUUUAUUUUUAUUUUUUUUUUCUGUU